AAAAUGUAAAAAACAUUUGCUAUGGAUGUUCGAAAUAUUGGAGGUUUACGUGCAACAGCUGAUCAUCUUUAUAAACAUCAAAUUGCUGUUUAAAAUGCAAAGCCAUCUUUAAAUAUAAAGCCUCCAAAGCCUGUAUGAUUAUUUAUCAUGAAAGCCUUUAGAUUAAAAAUAGAGAUAAGAGAGUAAAUACAAUUCUGAAGAUGAUUUUAAUAAUGUAUUAAAAACAUUUAAAGCUGUUGUCUAAACAAAAAAAAUGUAAAAUUUUUAAUUUAUUUAAGUUUAGGAUUGACAACGAUUAGCCAUUUAUGAAAAAAAGAACUCCAAAUAAUAAAAAUAAAAAAGAAAAAUUUGAAUAAUAUGAGCAUGAAAUGAAUAUUAAAGCUUAGAAAAGAAGAAUAGGAAGUGCUGGUUCUAUGUAAGAAAGAAAAAAGAAUUAUUUUGAUCCUGUAGCACAUCCUCCUGUUUUUUUUAGAAGGGAAGGUCAAAAUUUAUCAAAUUGUCGACUAGAUAAUUUGAUGUAAUAUAUUGUAAUUUAUUUUAUAAUAAUUCUAAAGUCUAAAGAAUAAUAGUCAGGAGAAAAAAUAAAUUUAAGUGCAUCUAUGAAGAAAUGGUAAAGAGCUAAAUCUCCAAAUAAAAAAUCAAAAAUAAAAAUAAAUUAAUUUGUUGAAGUGGGAGAAAAAUAAGAUGGAGAAUUUGUUUAUGAUUUACCUAAAUUAAAAGGUUAAGAAAAAAAAGAUUAUUAUGAAUUAAAAAAAGAACUAAUAAGUAUGAUAAAUUUAUAAUUUUAGUGAUAAUAUUCAAACAUAGAAUCUAUAAAAGUGAAGAUUUAGAGGCUUUAUUUGGUAGAUUAUUAAUACAUAAUCCAUCAUUACAUAUGAUUUGGAUUGAAGAUAUCUUCAAUGAAAUAAGAGAAGAGUUUCUUGAUUUUGAAUGA